GUGUCUGGAAGCAAAAUGGCAGCCUGUGACCUUGUGAAGCUGGCAUGCAGGAUGGCAGGACAGCCUAGCCACAUGCCCCAUGGAGGGAGUCCAAACAACCUAUGCCAUGCACUGGGGCCUGCACCCCUUCCAGACUCACAGAGGCACCCCAACACCCUGUCUUUUCGCUGUUCACUGGCGGACUUCCAGAUUGAGAAGAAGAUUGGCCGAGGGCAGUUCAGUGAGGUAUACAAGGCCACCUGCCUGCUGGACAGGAAGACGGUGGCUCUGAAAAAAGUACAGAUCUUUGAGAUGAUGGAUGCCAAGGCCAGGCAGGACUGUGUCAAGGAAAUUGGCCUCCUAAAGCAACUGAACCAUCCGAACAUCAUCAAGUAUUUGGACUCAUUCAUUGAGGACAACGAGCUGAACAUUGUGCUGGAGCUGGCCGACGCGGGUGACCUGUCACAGAUGAUCAAGUAUUUUAAGAAGCAGAAGAGGCUCAUUCCUGAGAGGACAGUGUGGAAGUACUUCGUGCAGCUUUGCAGCGCCGUGGAGCACAUGCACUCCCGCCGCGUGAUGCACCGAGACAUCAAGCCCGCCAAUGUGUUCAUCACAGCCACAGGCAUCGUGAAGCUUGGUGACCUUGGUUUGGGCCGUUUCUUCAGCUCGGAGACCACUGCUGCCCACUCACUAGUGGGAACACCGUACUAUAUGUCACCCGAGAGGAUCCAUGAGAACGGCUACAAUUUCAAGUCUGACAUCUGGUCCCUAGGCUGUCUGCUAUAUGAGAUGGCAGCUCUCCAGAGCCCCUUCUAUGGAGAUAAAAUGAACCUCUUCUCCCUCUGCCAAAAGAUUGAGCAGUGUGACUACCCGCCUCUCCCAGGGGAGCACUACUCUGAGAAGCUUCGGGAGCUGGUCAGUAUGUGUAUCUACCCUGACCCUGACCAGAGACCGGACAUCGGAUACGUACACCAGGUGGCUAGACAGAUGCAUGUCUGGACAUCCAGCACCUGAAUUCAGUGUGCCUCUUCAAGCCAACACCACUUUGUCUUACUUGAGUCCUCUCCCCAAGUGGCACCUGGAAAAGCCCCCAUAGUCAAGACCAGAGGGCUCAGCGGUCUCCUGAGGGCUGCCUCUGCUGCUGAGCUGAAUGAGAGUGGCUAUACUAUGGUCAAACUCCAAAGUCCUUUCCUUGAACUGUUGCAGACAACCUGAGCUGAGUUGUUAGCAAGGGCAGGGGGCUCAAAAGCUACCAAAGCUCCUUGUACCGACUGUAAUGUGAACCUUUGGCUAGUUCCUCAGAGACCUGUCAGGCCUACACUGACAGGAGACUUGCAGGAGCAGGGUGACUAGUGUGGGUGAGCCUCUGAAAAUGGUUAGCACCCCGUUCAGUUUAGCUCGUAGUAUCUUUCCAUAGAAUCAGGCUGUGUGCUUCAUUUACUCUGUUUUAAAGGGAUAAAGUGGAAAUACGGUUUAGAGUAGAGGUUUUGCUAUUUUCUCUGCGUUUUUAACUUGAUAAGUGACACUGCGGAGAACCCAGCACUGGGCACUGCAAGACAAGUGCAUCUGGCAUCCCAGAGACAGGAGGGUUCUGCUUGCAGCUGGCUCACUGUCCUUCUGAAUCCCUGCCACCUACCAUCAUCUGCUGCAAUGCUGCGGCCCAUUUUAUCAUCGGUGCCAAGGAAAACCCAAGAGCUUUGCCCUCGGGCUUUUUUUUACAGAUUCUGGUUCCACAUCCUCCUAGUGUGAUGUUGGGCAGGUUUUUUAGUCUGUCUGAGCCUUCCUCAUCUGUAAAAUGGGACUAAUAUAGUACCUACCUUCCAGGAUGCUGACAGAAUUUAAAACAGAAGAUGUAAGUCAGUCAGGCAUAGGGGCCUAUGCUUAUAAUUUCGGUACCUUGGAAGUGACAGGAGGAUCAAGAAUUCAGGGUGACCCUCAGCUACAUAAUGAGUUUGAGACUAGCCUGGGCUACAGAAGACCCUAUCUUAAAAGGACAAAACAACAAAGAUGUAAGAACCAGCUACCACAUAGCAGGGGAUCCAAAAAUAUAGCCAGUCAUCCCUUUAGAAACUCAAAUCCAUGGACAGUCAAGAAUUAAAACAUUAUAUGUAUUAUAUGUAGGAAAAGCAGAAAUAUGUUCAUUUAUUUCUUGUUCCCAAAUAGGAUUAACUGUGAAGACUAAUUUAUAAAUGUGAAUUCAAGGAAACUCAA